UACUAAAUCACACAUUAUAACAAAUAAGAUUUCUGGAAGCAGAGGAAAGAAGGAAAGCAAGCAGAAAUCGUUCAACAAUGGCUACCAUCUCAUCAUCUUUUCUACAAACUCUGAAUCAACCAUCCCCCAUCUCAUUUAAACCCAACCAAAUCUCCAAAAACAGGGCUGUCUCCUUCAAGAUUCAAGCUGCCAAGAUUCCUGCUGGUGUGGAAAUGCCAAAAUCACAGCCAACAUUUAAAGCCCCUUUUCUUGGAUUCACGAAAACUGCUGAGAUAUGGAACUCAAGAGCUUGUAUGAUUGGUCUCAUCGGUACUUUUAUCGUUGAACUGAUCUUGAACAAAGGCGUACUUGAGAUGAUUGGAGUGGAGAUUGGAAAAGGACUUGAUAUCCCCCUUUGAGAAGACUAUUAAUUUCCAUUGUUUAGAUUUUUUUUUCUUUUACUGAAAAUACCUCUGAGAUAUGGAACUCAAGAGCUUGUAUACUAAAAGUUAUCUAUCCAUCUUUACAAAAAUAUUUGUGUUUUAGGCUCA